UCAAACAUUACAUUCGAUUAAAUUCUACAUUAAAAAAAUAAGUACAAAUAGAAUGGCAUUAUCAAAAUCUAAGCAUAUGUUAGGUUUUCGAUUCCAUCCAACGGAUAGAGAGUUGAUCAAUUAUUUGAAAAAUUUUAUGCUUCAUGAAAUUAUGCCACCUAUAGAUUUUAUUAAAGUAAAGGACUUAUUUGGAGAUUUCGAGCCAUGGCAGAUUAUUGAUGGAGAGAAAACAUGUUACUUUCUUUCACGAUUGACAAGAUUCAAGAAUUCAAAAAAGAAAUUCUCAAGAACAGUUGGGAGUGGGACUUGGAGAGGCCAAACAUGUGGUAAGCCAAUUAAAGAUUUAUCAAAAAAGAAUAUUACAAUUGGAUAUAAGAGAAGUUUGAGGUAUGAAAGUGAUAUAGAAAAAGAUCAAAGUGAAAAGUGGCUCAUGAGAGAAUAUUUUUUGCCAGAUGAGUAUAUUAAGAAAAACAACAACAAGGAUAUAUUCGUCAUUUGCAAAAUCAAAGACAAGAAACAAAAACAAGAGGAAAAUAAUUAUAAGGAGGUUAUGGAGGAAGAUGUUGAUGAAUUAAUUGAUCGUUUAUUAGGAAGUAAUGAUCAAGUAAUUAUCAACGAUGGUAACGAUCAAUUAGAGGUUAAUUAUGAAGUGAUGACAAAUUAUGGUGCAAGUACAAGCACAUUAAACAAUAAUGUUCAACAUGAAGAUUAUGGAAAAUUAGCUAAUAAUAAUUAUUUGGAAGGUGGUGAAAUUGAGCCAUUUACUGGAAUUAAUCCAUAUGAGAAUUAUAGCGCAGAAGCUAAUAAUAAUUAUUUGAAAGGUGGUGAAGUUGAGCAAUUUAAUGGAAUUAAUCCAUACGAGAAUUAUAGCUAUGACUCCUUAAUAAAUUUGAUUGAAUUUUAAUGCUUAUAGGCAUGCAAAUUAAAUAACAAUGCUAUCAAGUUUUUUUUUUUUUAAGGUG